GGCGCCGAGGCGCCAGCGCUUCGCCGAGGGGCAGCUGCCGCGAGUCCGGCGCCCCGAGCGCUGGCAGGCCAGCCGCUGGCCGCUCUGAGGGGGGCGCGGCGCCGCAGGAGCCGCGCAGGGGCGCGCUGGAGGGGGCGCCCGAGGAGGGCGCGGCGAGGGCCCGGGCCCGCCCCCCACGGCAGGGCAGGAGCGCCAGAGGCAGCGAGGUGGAGCUGGCGAGGAGCUGCGGGCAGGGCGGCGCCGGCGCAGCGGGCGAAGGAGGGCGCCGCAGCCCGCGGGCGCUCCGUGCCUCCGUCCGCUCGGUGUUCGGCGGCCUCUCCGAGCUCGCGGGGGCGCCGGAGGGGGCCCGGCAGGCCAGCGACUGCGAGCACGAGCUGCUGCUCUCGUCCUCGACCUCCGUGCGCACCACUACGCCCGGGUUCUUCGAGGCGGCGGCCACCGUCGGCGAGGCGCGGCGGCGGGCGGCCGCGAGCUGGCUGGGCCGACCGUCGGGCCCAGGGCGGGGCGGCGGCGGCUGCCGGCGACGGGUGGAGGCGUACAGUGCGCCGCGGGGGUGCCGUCACCCCGCGUGGGCCCAGCCGCGGCCGCCGGAGCCUUCUGCAG